AUGGCUGAUGACUCAGUGAUUCAUGACUCCAUCCCGUGUCUUCUCCACCUGCUGCUAUUGGCUGAGCUGUUUGUCCCGUCAUCGUCUCGUCCCGCCAACACCUCCUCCCUCUGUACGAUGUUUGGACCAAUGAUCCAUCAGGGGGAGAAGCUGGUGCAAGUCUCCAAAACACUUCAUGGGCUGCCAGAGAACCACGAGCUCCUCAACACUGUGGGAAACAAACUUCAGGAUCUUCCUCACAUGCAACACACUGCUGCACAUUUUAAGUCACUGAAGCUGAACGAGUCCCUGUCUCAGCUCUGCCUGUUCACCCAGUCCUUCAGGCUGCACAUGGACUGGCUGAAAACUGAAAAACACAACUUCAGUUUACCCAGUGAGACAGCAGAGGACGCCAGCACUCAGCUGCUGCUGCUGUCCACCCUCCUCAACAAGUCACUGCAGCAGAUCGGUGAAGACGCUCCUCGGCCGCCGGCUCCCUCCCUCCCUGUCGUCUCCUCGGCCUUCGACUUGCUCCAGUUCUCCAUCGAGAUCUCUCAACGGCUACAAGUCUUCGGUCAUUGGUCAAAAAGAGUUUUACACAGCCUCAAAAGACGCUCGGGCUGCCGCAGACAUUGAGAAGCAACGGUUCAUGUCUUCCUACUAAACCACUGUUAACGUUAAUGACUUUCAUGCAGCAGCAAAACUCCGGAGACGGGAGAGUCACUUUGAUUCAGACUGAAAUAUGUCAACAACAAUAGUACAUGAGGUACAGAUAAAUACUUUGCGUUGUGCUCAGAGGAUGUGAACCAUCAACCUUUCCCAUACACUCACGUUUCCCUUAUCGGUUUUAUUUCAAUGUCUGUUGAUGAAUUGGCACAAAAUCUGGACGUUAACGGUGAAGAAUAUUCAGGACUUUGGUGAUUUCCUUCCUCAAACAACACCAGGUUUACAAAGUCUCAGCUUGGUCCAGAUGUUUACUCUCGUAAUCACCCUUCACACCAGUGUAGCCGGAGGAAGGGUUUUGUUUGGACAAGUUAGGACAAGAUGGUGAAUGUCAGUUUAAAGUAACUCCUGGUGGUGGGAACAUUACUCCGAAGUUUACCUCCAGGUGAUCAACUUUUUGAGCGGAGCCAGCAAAGGUAGAUCUCACAAAUAAUAGAGAUUAAGUUUGUAUUGAUCAGAAAAUGAUUCCCCAUCCAAUGAAGACGUCAGAAAAAGACGUCAUGUGAAUGUGUUUUCUGUGUGAGGUGCUGCGCUCGAUGGCACCUGUUACGUUUACGCCCUUUAAGAUUGUUUACAUGAGCUAAAGUACAAGAACAAGUAGGAAUGCUGUUAUUAAUAUUUUUCUACUGACUGUUUUAUAUUUAGGAUGCUAUU